AUGAAGGGAGAGGAACAAGAAGACGUUCGAGGCGGGGAACAAGCAGUCCUGCCAAGACGAGUUUCCAGGAAGAAUAGCAGUGUGAAAAAGCAAGUGAGGUUUCCAUCCAAUAGCACCAGACGCAGCACCAGCGCUAGCGGUAGCGGAAGGAAUAGCAGCCUCUUGAUGAAAGAAGAACAAGCGGCCAUGGUCGACGAAAAAGUGGCAGCUGCGACUCGUCAAGCCAAGGCGGCAAAGAAGGCUUCUUCCGAGAAUCCCGCUGCUGCUUCUUCGCCUUCCUACGACGAACAGCGAUGGGAGCUUCUCGUGGCCAAACAAGAAGAAAUCAUGAAGGACCACAACGACUCCACCUCUAACCGUCCACCCAGAAAGCGAGCCUCUAGUACCAACUCCCACAACAAGAUACGGAGAACCUACUCUUCUGCCUCGGGAAGCAAUAGAAAGGCCAAACCAACCAAGAAAGCACCUGUCAGAGCCAAAUCGUCCCCUUCUCCCUAUUCUCCUUCCUCCAAUAGCAAUAACAGUAACAACGACGUGCUGGUAUCCGGCGAUGCACCAAACGACGACGACGACGACGCAGCGUCACUUCAAUCGCCCAUUCCUCUUCCAACUACGCUCACACCCAACACUAACAUUCAAGAAGAAAUCAUGCCAGGUGCCUUUCGCAUGAGACCUACCAUGGGAGCCACUCCUGCGCAGGGACUCGCCGAAGGAGAACGGGACGAUCGAGAAGUCUCGCGACGAAGUGUCGUCUCCCAAAAGAGUGCACAAGACAUUCUCAUUGAAGCGACGUUGGUCGCCGAGGACAAUGAAGUACCUACAUCAUCUUCCAACAACGAUACUACUACUACUAGACGUCCAUCCGACACACAACAACAAACGCCGCCCAAUGUAGUAGUACCCGAACCAGAGCUGGUCAUGGGUCAUCCCAUGGACCCAAGGCAAAUGGAAAAGCUAGAUGCCGCUGCAUACAAAGAACGAGACCGGUUGCGAUCGAUAGUGCUGGGACUCGUUUGUUGUUUUGUCACCUUCUUGAUUGUAUUGGGAGUAGUCCUGGGAGUUACCCUACUAGGCAGCAAACAGGAGACGCCAACACAUGAGCAAAAAGUACAACCUCAAUCACAACAAGGACCAACUGUUGAAGCAGCCCAAUAUGUCGAAUUUGUUGAUCCAGCCACCAUUAUGACCAGUCCUCCUCUUGACACUGUGAUUCCUCCUGCAACCAAUCCUCCUGUACCUGCAGCGACGCUUCCUCCUUCUCCUCCUCAAACUGGAGCGACUCCUCCUCUAGCUGCCGCAACUCCUCCUCAAGAUGCAGCGGACAAUGAGGUUGUCGAAGCCUCCGAAAGCCCCACCAUGGCACCCACAGGAUUUGUCCAAGAUAUGCUGCCUCUGGACACACAAGAAGCCAUCCAGAAUGAUCCAAACUCUCCACAAGCGAGAGCCUUUGAUUGGGUACAAAAAGACCUAGAAGCCUACUACAGCAAGGACACUACGAACACGGUAGCCUACUUUGCACUGCAACGAUUUGUCCUGGCAACCUUCUAUUACGCUUUGGGAGGACCACAGUGGACACAACGAGAGGGUUGGCUGCAAGAGGGAACUGAUCCCUGUGGUUGGUAUACACCAUUCUAUGGGUCUGUUUGUACCACUGCGUGGAACCGACAUCGGUACCUACGACAGCGCACGCUACUACAAGGACAAGAACGACGCUACCUACAGCGUCUAUCCUUGUUCAAUAACAAUCUUGUUGGCACGUUGCCACCGGAACUUGGCUUGCUUUCCAUGCUAGAUGUUGUCAACCUGCACGACAAUCGCAUCUCUUCUACCAUCCCAACCGAAGUUGGACUCUGGAAGCACGUCACCUUCUUGCAACUUUUCAACAAUUCCUUGACUGGAACAGUGCCAACCGAACUCGCGGAACUCAACAGAGUAUGGCACCUGAACUUGGCAUUUAAUCAACUUUCAGGAACGAUCCCAGCAGAGUUGAGUCGGCUAUCGACCGACUUGGCAGUGUUAUCCAUUAGCAACAACAUGCUUUCCGGCCCCGUGAUCCCCACCGAGUUUGGAAGAUUCACCGAGUUGGUCGGAUUGCAUCUCUAUAGGAAUCCAAACCUGAGUGGACAACUCCCCACUGAAUUGGGAUUGAUGAAGAAGCUGAAGAGGCUGCAGAUGAAUGCCAUUCCAAACUUGAACGGAACACUGCCGUCCGAGAUAGGGGUGAUGUCGGAUCUGGAAGAGGUUUUUCUGCAAGAGACGGCACUGGAGGGGCAGAUACCGUCGUCCCUGGGUAGCUUGACGAAACUGACCAAACUAGCACUCCACAACACGAAACUAUCAGGCACAGUUCCAUUAGAAGUAUGCAACCUUGUGAACACAGGCAUCUUGAAAGACCUUUCGGUCGAUUGCAUCCACGUGCGAUGUAAGGAUUGCGACUGCGAUUGUACCUCAUCGACUCGCACCGACGGUACUGGAAACACUGCCAUGAGCACACCCGGAUCCCCAGCGAUGGAGGCGCAACAAAUGGCAACGACAACAGAUCCUCCCCCCACAGAGGCAGCAGCACAGGAGUUGAUCACGGACGCACCUAUUCGCGUGGUUGCCGAGGUGAAUUCUCCUUAG